AUUAGAAAACAAACAUUCAACUGAUUUAAAAAGGACUGUUAGCUUAAAACAAUAACAAUGACAACAACUACACCGACAACAUUAUACUACUAUACUGGCCAACAAUCGGCUCGACAGAUAGCCAAUAGUCGAUAUAUUAGACCAUCAAUUGGUGGUAUAAAUGGUUACGAUUAUGGUGUCUAUCUGUCGCGUAUGAAUCCCGUAACUAACAGUCCCGGGGAUAUCAUAGCAGCACACACUGGUAUACCCGGUCAUAUCCGGGAUAAUAGUGCCGAUUAUUAUGUGGAAAUUGAUUGCCAACGAUUGGAUUAUCGGAAAUUACGUUCACUGGAUAAUAAUGAUAAAAUCUAUUGCUAUACCGACCAGAUUAGCAUUGUUCCCGGUAUGGUACAUGUUAAUGGGUGGACAAUGCAAGCACCGACAGUAGCUAAUGGUGUUAAAAAUUAUGGUAAAAGUUGUACAAACAUUGCUACCGGUGCUGCUGGUGGUGGUGGUGGUGGUGGCGGCGGUUGUCGACCAUCUAAUAGGACACACAAUCAGACACCUUAUUGUAGAUCAAACACUCAGACAAUACCAUCAAUAUUAUAUCAUUACACUACUAGCAGGGAUGCACAGGAUAUCAGGUCAAAGGGCGAAAUCAGUUUAAGUUAUAUGAAAAAAAUCUCAAAUAUUUUUACAAAUGGUGGUAAAGGUAUACUAUUGACAACAAUGGCACCAAACGAUUAUUAUAGAUCGGAAAUACUGACCCGACUGUACACUGCAGUCAAUGGUGGCGGUAGUGGUGGUGGUGGUCAACCAGAUCCUCAUUGCGCCAAUCGGGCCGAUUGGUGUGUCCGAGUUAUUGGCAGCAAAUUAAAGCCACAAAAAUUGGUAGGUUUGAGCUCCGGGAUCUAUGUCUAUUCAGGAGAUAUUCAUGUUUGCCCAAAGGAUGUCAUGGAUAAGCCCAAGUGUAAUAAAGCACAGCAAACACACCAACAACAACACCAACAACAACAACACCACCAACAAAACGGUAGCUAUGGUUUAGCACCCAUUGGUAUUAAUCCAGGAUUACUAUUGAAUCCUAAUAUACAAUUAGCUGGACCCAUGCAAAAUGAUCCAGUACAUAUAUAUACUAGACGUGAUCAAUUGUUUAACGAUACCUACAAAUGGACCUAUCAGGAUGACCAGGUUGUCAUUGUUGCACCCAAAUGGGUUGAACAAGGGUUACAACAUUUAUCCCAAUUAAUCACGUCAACAACGUUAUCGUGCAAACUAAUUGACUCACGAAAUGAUCAACAUGAUUUUUCCGUACCCAUCGGACACCAGUUAACACUAAAACAGUUGGUAAUGUUGGCCCGCAAUGAAUCGGGUAAUACCAGUGGACGUAUAAACUUUCAACAAUACGGUUCCCAUUUGCCCCGUGAAGUCAUAUUGAGUAUCAAAGAUCUGGCCCGUCAAUGCAUUAUUGUUGGUCCCGAUAGUACCACACACUAUGGGGGUUAUCCACGCGGUGCACCCAGGGUUCCGCAAACAGCCAAAGUCUAUCUGAUAGAUCUGGUUGGUCUACAGUUUCAACAACCGUACAAUAGUGGCCGUUUGGUUACACAUGGCUACAGGGAACGGGGUGUACUGGAUGAUUUUAUUUAUGAACAAAUUAUGGGACAACCUAGACCUUCCAUAAACGAUAUACACGGUGAUAGGUCGGGUAGAUUUGUAUCGGUUAACGGUUCAUAUUUUGAUAUACUAGCCUAUAUUAAUUUUGUGGCCAAUGAUGUCUAUUUGUGUGGUAUGGCCGUGGAUGCAUGUGCCCACGAACCGGUCAAUUUUAAAUUUGUCAAAUACGGUACCGGUUUUUAUGCACCGCAACCGUACAAAGCGAUUGUCAACCGGUAUAUCAAUGCCGGUGUCAGCUCCGGUUUCAACAAACUGUUAGAUAACAGUGCCGUACAGAAAAUAGCAUCAAUAGAGUUACCAUUUUUUGAUCCAACCCAAGAUAUCAUUGAUUCACUGGUCAGUCAUAAUAGGCCGGCACCUGUAUUUGGACAACAGGAUGCAUUGAAGCAGACAAACGGUUAUUUGACGGCCACAACUAACUGUGCCGAUGGACACUGUAUUACCGGCAAUGAGAUGGGCUUUAACAGUGUUGACAGUGCUAUAGCUGAGAACCUGUUGGACAGGGCUAAUAAAUUUUCACCGGUGCUUAAUGAACGGAUGACUGAACGAUAUAUACAGGUGCCCAAUGGUCCGGUCCAACCCAGGGCUAGUUUGUAGUGAUGUUUAGUUGAUGUGGUGAAAGUAAUAUAAAUACUAU